AUGUCUGCGGGUUCAGAUCAUAUUGACGUAACCACUUCAAAAAAGAGAAAUAUACCCGUAGCUUGUACAUCGAUAGUUGUAGAUAAUGCUGUAGCAGACGUUGCUGUUCUUUUAACUGUGGCGGCAUCCAGAAGAUUAUACGAAGGAAGUACACACAUUCAACAGUUCGAUGUUAUUAUUACCGAACAAAAGCCAGCAGCUUCACGAAAGCAAAUUUUAGAUAAAGUAAAAGGUGUAGACGCCCUCUUUUGGUGUACUAAAGAACGACUCGAUGACGAAGUACUAGACACCGCAGGGCCGCAAUUAAAGGUUGUUGCCACGAUGUCUUCCGGUUUAGACCAUAUUGACGUACCCGCUUUAAAAAAGAGAAAUAUACCGCUAGGGAAUACCCCGAAAGUUUUAGAUGAUGCUGUAUCAGAGAUUGCGGUUCUCUUAACUUUAGCCGCGUGCAGACGAUUUCAGGAAGGAAGGAUGCACAUUGAACAGGGUAUAUGGAGUGGGGUUGGUGUUCAGUAUUUGCUAGGGACGGACUUGGAAAAUUCAACCGUUGGUAUUGUUGGACUUGGAGGAAUUGGACAAGCCAUUGCCAAAAGGUUGAAGGCUUUUGACAUUGGCAGACUUCUGUACUCGGGCCACCGUGAAAAAUCGGAAGGAAAACAAUUAGGCGCAGAAUUUGUAUCAUUCAAGACACUUCUUCGAGAAAGUGACUUCGUCAUUGUAGCGGCACCUUUAACUGACGAAACAAGGCAUAUGUUCAAUAGGACUACAUUUUCUUUGAUGAAAAACAGUUCUGUGUUCGUAAAUAUUGCGAGAGGUCUUAUUGUAGACCAAGAUGCUUUAAUAGAGGCCUUGAAGGAUGGUACCAUUUUUGCCGCUGGGUUAGACGUUAUGGUUCCGGAACCGUUACCCACAGAUAGUGAACUGUUAAAACUUCCAAACUGUGGUAAGUGUACCAAAAUGUAA